CAAAGGACUGUCUGCAGAAGUAACACAAGCCAAUGUGACAGUGUACAAUUAUAAUAUCACCCGUGAAUUUGAUCAUCACAAUGUGACGCAACCAAUUAAAAGGAUGUUGUCAACAACACUUCGCUUUCAGCUUCAUUCCGUACGUUCACACGAAAGCAGUAGGAAAGCAACAUGUCUACGAGUAGAGGGCUCGGUGGAAUUUGUUGAUCUGGACAAUAGUGGUCAAGUGUUGGUUGACCUUGAUACAAGAUCUAGUAGAAUAAAGUGUAAAGACAUGAAUCUACCUUUGUCAGACUGGCAACUAGAAAACACAUCAGAAGACAUCGGGGCCUUAGUGAUUGCUUUAUGUGUUAUAUCAUUAGUAUUGACGACUUCCACUAUGGUCUUUGCUGCUUAUGCUUUCUGGAUAACUAAACAGUUUAUGAAGAAGCACUAUCAGGCAUACUUCGGGGUUGUAGAUAAAGAUGAGACGGACCUGCCAGCGUCAGAGUACUUUCGGUUUUUGAAAUUCUGGGAUAUAAUCGUUAUUAUCUCUGAUAUAUUGACUAUAUUCGGCACACGCUGGAUAGUGUCUAAAACAAGGCAAAGUGAAUUGGAGCUCGAGUUGCUAGAUUCUUACACCGUAUGGUUAGGAGUCGGUUGUGUACUGGCGUGGCUAAGCUUGCUUAGGUUCUUCAAGUUUCAUAAUAAAUUCCAUCUGCUAUUUAGUACACUAUACAAAGCAUUUUGGGAUGUGAUUGCAUACCUUAUUUGUGUAGGUGUGUUGUUUGUCGGGUUCUGGGUUUGUGGGUAUGUUGUUAUGGGACCGUACCAUGUCAAGUUCCAAACUCCGGAAGCAGCCGCAGAAACGUUGUUUGCUGUUGUUAACGGCGACGAGAUAUACGCUACCUUAGCAAUAAUAGAGUGGGAUAAAAGUGGGGGACACUGGGUGUGGUGGUUUUCAAGGUUCUAUCUUGGAUCUUAUGUCGCAAUAUUUACAAUUGUUGUAAUCAACCUCCUCAUAGCUCUCUUCAUGAGUGCCUAUGAUUCUAUUAAGACAUACAAUAACGACAGACCGGAUGAACGAGAAUUAGGUCCGCUAGAGGAAUCUCUGCGGCGAGUUCUUAUUGAAGACUGCGAGGGAAGUAAUCUGCGAAGCUCAAUAUAUGAUCUUAUGAAUGACAGUACACACCUGACACCAGAAGUAAACUCUCUGAAAGCUGAACUCUCAAAAAUGGUUCAUGUUUCUAAAAGCAAGAAAGACGUGCUUCUAAAACCGAGGAAUUUGAAAGAGUUUAUGAAAGAUGAGGAGCACAAAAUAAAGACAUUAAAAUUAGGAUUUCUGAGCUUCUCUUACGUUUCUUUCCUUGGCGAUGACUAGUGAUAUUGACUUUAAAUUCCGUUCAGUAAUUAUUCUAAAAUUUAGUUAAAGUUCUUUUCAUCAUUACCUAACAAAAAUAUUACGAAAGCGAAACACCGAAGCGAAAAAAAGGAAACCACCACAAGCUAUAGGGAAAUGGAUUCUAGUAUUAUAAUAAACAAAUGCAUUUAGCUCCUUAAAUGAGACAACAGAAGACCUUCAAAGAAAAACCGACACAACUUACUCCAAGUUUCGUCGAAGAAAACAGAAAAACAACAACAAAAAAAAAAAAAAAACAACAAAAACAAAAAAUCAACAAACAAAAAUCCCAAACAAACAAACAUAGAUAACAUUGAUAAAAAAACUUCGUUUUAACAAAAGAUGAUAGGUCAUUCAUCAGAGAUAUUAUAAAUGACAAAUUUGAAGAAAUGAAGGGACAGUUACUAGAAUCAGUCAUCAAACGAUUAGAAAUUUUAGAAGAUGAAAUUUAUAACAAAUCAACCUCCACCUCAAAGCUUGAUUCCGAGAUAAGCACAAACAAAGAAGAUUAGAAAAAUCAAAAGAAAAGAAGAAAAAUGAAUUAAAAAUAUUUGUAUAAGAAAACGAAAAAUUGAAUGUUGAUGUUCAAUUAAUUUAAAUACAUUGUAUAUUUAUUUUAUGUUUUAGAUUAAUGCAAAAUUAGAUUGAAAUAAACCAAUGCAUGAA